ACGUGAGCUUUCAAUUUGCCUUAGAUUAGGACAAUGCGCAGCAGACUAGCUUCGCCCAUGAACACUCGAUGCAACAAGUUUAAGCGAGAGGGUGGCGUCAUGCAGUCACAUGAGUGGCUUGAGCGCGGAAUUGACGCGCCGGCGAACAAGAAAUGACGAAGCGCCUAGCUUGUGCUCGAGCACAAGCUCUCUUUUGAUGUCGCAGGAUACGUCGUCUGAAGUCCAGCACAGGUCUUAUUACCUUUCAUGGAGAUGGUGGCGUGUCAAGGACCCUCUGUGUGGCGCUGGCCCGACCGUCGCGAUCGCCGCGUGUGUUCUUGCGCAUGACGCAGAGCUGGGGAGUUGCCGCUCGCACCCAGACUUGAGAGAAACACACGCGCAACGCGAAUAGAGUUUGCAUGACACGAUUUCAGAAAGAUCAGAAUCGAC